CUGGAGUCGGGUCUACUAGACCCGAUAUCCAUCACAAGCCCCCUAGUUUUCUGGCGACGUGUCGCUAGAAAACUAAUGAUGAGCCGCCUUCGAUCUUCGUGUCGGAUUAGAAACGUCGCACUCGAGUGCCUUGGGUCCACCUUUCAACGGAUAAAACCCACUUCUGGCCUCGUCUUCUUCAUCUCGCUGCUGGAUCUCAACCCGACCCGAAUUCCGACUGCCAUUUUCCUCAAAAUCCUUGUUCCUCUUUCCGAAAUGGCCCCUGUAAAUCCUGAAACCUGGAUCCAUGAACCCUCCAUUAUCAAGGAGGACGAGCUUCAAGAGAUGGCCGUGCUCCUGGGAAAAGGCUUCCGGGUCCACCAUCCCAAUGCCGUUGGUGGAAUCAGUUUAUCUCACAAUCCGAAUCCCCAGAAAUAUAUGGUCAUGCAUUACCACUCCGUAGAGAAUGGAUUCAGGUUACCCCUCCAUGGUCUGCUCCGCGACCUCUGCCUCCGUUUUGGGUUUGCUCCGGGUCAAUUGACCGCCAACGCCCACAAGUAUGUUACUUCUUUCAUCUUGAAGUGUUGCGCCCUAGACAGGAACCCUAACCUGGAGGAAUUCCUUUUGCUCUUCAGUAUUGGGGGGUUCCCCUUUUACAGCCUAUACCCUCAUACCAAUUUCCCUGUUUUCGAGAGGGUUGAACUCAAGAUCGACAGGUGGGCAUUGAAAUAUUUCGUCAUUGAGUUUCCGGUUCAUAGCCCCAUCGACCUGCCGGGCGCUGUCCUCCGCCGUUCCAUUUCCCGGACAAAGUUUGCUUCAGCAGAUUCGGAAGUUGAGUUGUACAAGAAGGCAGGUUUCUAUUACCCCCUGGGUCCUGACCCCAUUCCCUUUAAGGGAAUGCCUUCUCCCGGGAAAUCAAAGGUGUCUUCCUCCGCAGAAUCUAUCCCGGCUGUGAGCUCUUCCGGAAAUCAAGCUCAGGGCGGCUCCACUACCCUAGUUGUACGCAAUCCGGAUGCUGCUCUGAAUGCCAUCCCCAUCUCUGCCAUCCCUGGGCUCAGGAGGCCCACUCCGUCCCAGAAACGGCUGCGGGAGGGACUCUCGGAUGAUGAUUUCCUUCCAAAAAGGAACAAAGGUGACGGUACUUCUGUUUCGCCCAGCCCCCUGUCCCAUUCUUCCGGUACCCAGAAUUCUACUCCCGCCGCUACAUCCGUGGUUUUGGAGUUGUCCCACCCGGAUAAACUCGAUCAUGAAGAAGAAGAGCCUAGGGACCAGUCUGCACUCCUGAAACCCGUAGUGCAGUCCCAGCCUGGGACACCUGGUUCUUCGCCACACGCCGCAACCAGCCCCCAAACAAUGGAGAAUGAAGGGAUGAAGCAGAAUGAACCAGAGUCUUCCCCCACAGCGGAAGUGGAAAUGCAAACAGAAGCGGUGGUCUCCCCUCCAGAAGAGAAUGAGGCUAGGGAGCAGAGGGAUGCCGAAGCUUCCCCAGAAGUGAGGAAUGAAACUGAGGUACAACAGACUCAGGAGGAGCAGCGAGAGUCGGAAGGAAGACAUCCUGCUGCUACCCCCCCCCCAGCUGUCAACCUCCCCAUCCGGUGCAGAUUCACACCGCGGACCUAUUCAGCUUUUGCGGAGGGUUGGGAAGGCUUCUCCCGUGGUUUGAGAUCCCUGCAAGCUUCCCAUGGGACUAUCCAGGGGAAUCUAGCAAGAAUGCAGGAAUUAGCGCAGGAACCGCUAACUCCUCAUGCUCGCCCUGACCUGCUCGCCCUCAACGCCUUGCACCUCAUGGAACAGGCUCAUCAAUCGCUCCUUACUUUGACUGAGGAGUACUUGGGUGGAGCAUCAGGGAACUUCCGGGCUGUAAUGCUCCUGAGGGAAAGGGAGCUGGCCGCCAGGGCCCUACAACAAAAGGUUGAUUCCCUGGAACAACAAGUCCAGGUCUUGCAAGGGGAGAAUGCCCGGCUUCAAGCAGAUGGCUCCACGGAGCUUGCAGCUGAGAAAUCUAAGGUCCAGUCCCUGCAAGACCAGAUUGCCAACUACCAAAAAGAGACCUUGGAUCUGGAAGUGCAGUUCGACAGGUUCCGGACUCAAAUUUCCAGCCUGGAAUCAAGAGUCUCAGCUUCAGAAGACCUGGUAAUGAGCCUGCAAGCUGAGCUGGUGGAGAAGGAAUCCCGGAUCUCUGGGCUGGAGAAAUCCCUCCAAGAGGCCAAGUAUGAAGGCUCACGCAUCAAUGAGAUGGCAUUGAGACACAUGGAGGCCAGACGGCUUGACCUCGAGAAGUUGAAGGGAGAGAGGCAGGCUGCAAAUGAACUCCGGGCAAAGGUAGACGAACAGGAGAAGACCAUUGCUGCUCAUAAAGAGGAGGUGGCCACCCUGAUUGCCCGAGCUCAAGCCCUUUACGAAGAAGGUCAAUUCGACAUGCAGCAGUGCAUUUACGGAGCAGUCCAGAGUGGUCUUCCGGAGUCCCGUACCUUGGACGACUUCAUCUCCUACUAUGGGCUGCCUCUUCCUCUUUUGCCUCCAGCUUCCCGUACAGAUCCGGGGCCUUGACUUUAUCUCUUUUCGUUGUACUUAUUUGGAUGAUAGUAAACUGUUAACUUUUGA